AUGCAGUUCACUCUCGCACUCCUUGCUUUGGCAUCUGCCGCCUUCGCUGCUCCUGGCCCAGCAAUCACUGGUGUCGCUGAGCGUGAGAUCGGUGGUGGUGCCGCUGGUACCCUUGGACCCCUCCAGGGCACUCUSGGAGGUGCUCUUGGUGGACCAACUGGAGCCGUCGAGGGCUGCAUUGGCGGCGCUAUUGGACCAUUGGGAUACACUGACUGCUUCCCUGUCGCCACUCCCCCACCAUCAACCAACACCCAGCACAACGAUGCCGCUGGCAACCYCCGCGGCACUCUUGGACCUGCCUCUGGCUUCUUGGACUCCAACGGCCUCUGUGGUGGUCUCGCCGUCGGAAACGACGGAUUCACUACUUGCCUUCUCCCAACUGCCAAGCCAAAGGCGAGUGCAUAG